AUGGGUGUGUCGCAAAGCACGCACUACGGCAGGGACAUUUGGCAUGCCUUGAAGGACCUCUGCCUCUCAGUGUCCCUAACAAGUUCAACGACACAUGUCUCAGCUCUGAUACUGAUGUCCCUCUAUCUCCUGCAAGUGUAUCGCCGAAACCGACGAGCGACACGCAUACGAGGACCUCAGAGCCCAAGUUGGGUGUUUGGCUGGUCCAAGACAGUGCUAGAUUCUACCGCCACUACUGAACUAUACGAACGUUGGGCCACAGAGUAUGGUCCAGUGUACAGGGUCCCCCUCGCCUUGGGAGAGUCCAGGGUCAUACUAUGGGACCCAAAAGCGAUCUCUCAUUUCGUCGCAAGAGACACGUUGUUAUAUGACCAAACUCCAUUCAACAAGCUCGCCAUUAGCAUAACUGCUGGACGAGGAAUUUUGUGGUCCAAUGGUGAAAGUCACAAAAGGCAACGCAAGGCUCUCAACCCUGCCUUCAGCGCGGCUGCCAUCCGUAGCUUGACAUAUGUUUUCCAAGAUGCAGCUCACAAGGCAGCGAUCGCUUGGGACGCUGAGAUAGGAUCGAACCAGGGCGGUCAUUGCGCUGUAAUUGACGUUCAACAAUGGAUGAAUCACAUUACACUUGAUAGCGUGGGCAUAGCCGUCCUGUCCCAUGACUUCCGUGCACUCGAUGGAAAUGAGUCUGAUGUCCAGUACGUCCUGAAUGCGGCUAGUUCAGCUACCAAUGCUUCCCAAGACCUGGCCAUCCUUGCACAAAAUUUUCCUUCCAUCCUGAAGCUGCCAUUGCCUCACACACGGUUCUUCAAGAAGCUGACCCUGAGUCUUGGUAAAAUAUGCAACGAGACGAUAUCGCGGUCGCGCAAGGAAAAAGAGGCUGGCGGCACCGGGCAGGGGGACAAAUCAUGCUUGGGUUUGCUCUUAAAAGCGGAGGAUUCUGGUGAGAGCGCGGGGCUGACUUACGAAGAAGUGCUAGCCCAGGUAAGGGCUCUACUUCUCGGCGGCUUCGAGACUACUUCAGUCAGCAUGACAUGGGCUUUGAUAGAACUUGCGCGGAAUCCAGACAUUCAGACGAAGCUUCGCGACGAGUGUCUAGACUUUGGGUCAACCCCCUCAUAUGACGACCUCACAAAUAAGCUUCCAUACCUGGACGCUGUAGUGAGUGAAGUUCUUCGGCUCCAUCCGUCGAUCAAGGAACUUGCACGAUCGGCUCUGGAAGAAGACGUGAUCCCGCUCAGUGAACCCAUGCGUACGGCGGCCGGUGAUUUUACUGACAGCGUAUGCAUCCCAAAGGGGACAGAAAUCGUUAUCCCGCUGGCGGCGCUCAAUUGCUCAGUUAGUAUGUGGGGGCCUGGCGCGAAGGUGUUCAAACCUUCCCGGUGGCUCAAUGAGGACAAGGACACGCCUGGGGGCAGAGAAGCACUGCAUGGCUAUCGUCAUUUAAUGACAUUUGGCGAUGGCCCGCGGAUGUGCUUGGGUCGAGUAUUUGCAUUGACAGAGUUCAAGUCUGUGAUGUUCGUGCUUAUGCGAAACUUCGUGUUUGAGAUGGCGGAUAGCCCUGGAGUGGAGAUUGUGGAGAGUUUUGGGCUUCUGCCGAGACCGAGUGUGGUUGGAAAUGCUGAUGCUGGAAGUAUGCCUCUUCGCGUACGCCGCUAUGAGGUUUGAUUGUUGUCUGCAGCUAUGUAAUACCACUGUAAAUAACCCUGUAACAGAACUGCGUGUCAAUCUCGGGGUGUACCUAUAUACAUGGGCUGGAGUGGUUUUCGCGCAUUUGCAGGUCCAGUG